UUUCACUCUCUGUUAUCUUAUCUCAACUACCGGGGGCAUGAGUGAGAUGUAGAGACGACGAGGUUCAUUGGAGACAUCGUCGAGGUUGCUCGUUACUUCAACGUGAUUAUCGCUAUCAUUUGUUUCGGAGCCUAUAGGUCACUGACCGACAUACCCCCUCACUCUGAUCGGAUGUUCAGCCUCUAGCACCUACUGAGAUUGUCUAGUGAAAACAAGCCGAUCCAAACGCCAUGGCAGAAAAGACGAAGUACGUCGAUCGGGUGAUUCCCGAGAUCUCCCUCCGUGAUUUCGAGACUCGCAUCGACGAAAUCACCUCCCAGAUAUGUGAUGCAGCCGAGAACGUUGGCUUCUUCUCCAUCAAGGACCACGGUCUCAGCCAAUCCGAAGUAGACGAGAUGUUCUCCGUGUCCGAGUCCUUCUUCGCUCUACCAGAUGAAGCCAAAGAAACCGUGCCAUGGAGCCCCAAGAACGUCGGCUGGGAGAAGCUAUCACAGAUCAGACCGUCUACGGGUGCAGCCGACCAAAAGGAGUCGUAUCAACUCCAGUUCGGGGAGAACAUGACCGGCGUCUGGGCCAGUGAUGACAUUCUUCCCGGCUUCAAGGAAAAGUCGUUGGCCUUUAUGCAUCGCGUGCAAGCCAUAUCGGAAAGGCUGAUGCUGUGCCUAGCCCGGGGCCUCGGCUUUCAGGAUAAUUACUUUAUCAAGUACCACGAUGCUGCUCACCCCGGCGCGCAGUCGGUGCUCCGGCUUCUGCACUACUUCGAAACUCCGCGCGUCGAUGAUGGGAAGAUAUAUCAUCGAGCAGGCGCCCACGCCGACUGGGGAUUCCUCACGCUAUUAUUCCAGCGAGAGGGACAGUCAGGGCUCGAAAUCUGCCCUGGUCGUGAGGCUGUCAGCGAGCACGCCCUCGGAGACGAAUGGACAAAGGUCGAGAUCAAGCCUGGAGUCAUCAUCUGUAACAUUGGUGACUUGCUGAUGAGUUGGAGCGACGACCGAUUCAAGAGUACUUAUCAUCGGGUCAAGGCGCCGUGUGAAGAGGGUGACUACUACGGGGAGAGAUAUAGUAUGGCUUUCUUCAAUCAGCCGUGCAAGGAGGCUCUCAUCCAGGGUCCGUUGAAGAAGUAUCCGAUGGUUACUGGGGAGGAGUUCAAUCGCAAUGCGAUGAAUAGGAUGUAUGCGGCUUUGCAAGCGAAGAUGGCUGGGAAUGAGGUCAAGGCUUGAAUGGUGGAGAGUGAGACUGGCAAAGGAAAGAGUCAGAAAGGAGUGAAU